AUUGUGCUGAACUCCAAUUAGGGGAACCUAUUUAUACUUACUUGCUGUAGUGCAAGUGCAAUAGCCUUUGCAAGUUAAAUUGUUCCACUUUGAAGAUUUUCUUUGAAAGGAGUCAGUUUGGAAUGUGUGCAUCAUAUGUUGGACAUAUCCUGUAUCAAAUUACUUGCUAAAACCUCAGUUACUGUUCAUGAAUUCGUUUAGAUCUUUGACUCAAGGGUAAGUCUUUGUUGAUUAAAUACCUUGAAUAUGGCUAAUGGUGUACUUCCUGGUGCAGAUUUCUGGGGAAUGGUCAGUAAAGCAGCGCAAGUUGGCUAUGUUGGUUGAUCAGGUGGUUCUUCUUCGAAGAAAAUUUCUGACUAGUCACCCCAACCUUGUGGCAAGGAAUGAUGUUAAGUUUGCGUUUAAACUUGCAAGGGAUGCUAUAGAUUCUCAGGUCACAAGGUCCAAGGAGGCGAAAUAUGAAAUGAUUCUGACUGAGACCUGUACCAUCUGUUUGGAAGAUACUGAGUUGGACCAAAUGUUUGCUGUUGAUGGUUGCUUGCACCGCUAUUGCUUUUCUUGCAUGAAACAGCAUGUGGAACUCAAGUUGCUUCAUGGGAUGGUGCCUGGAUGUCCUUAUGAAGGCUGUAAAUUAAAGCUGAGUGUAGAUAGUUGUAGAAAAUUCUUGACUCCUAAGUUAGUUGAGACCAUGAGCCAACGCAUAAAGGAGUCUUCAAUUCCUGUGACGGAGAAAAUUUAUUGUCCGUACCCAAAAUGUUCUGCUUUGAUGUCAAAAACUGAGGUUUUAGAGAAUGCGAAAAAUUUAUGCUUUGAUUGAACUGAUGUCAGGAAAUGUAUAAAAUGCCAUGGCCUCUUCUGUGUUAAUUGCAAGGUCCCUUGGCAUUACAACAUGACCUGUUCUGAUUAUAGGAGGUCAAAUCCUUACCCUCGUGCAGAGGAUGCUAAGUUAAGGUCUCGUGCAACUCAAAAGUUCUGGCGCCAGUGUGUGAAGUGCAAUCACAUGAUUGAACUAGCUGAAGGUUGCUUCCAUAUGACAUGCAGGUGUGGUUAUGAGUUUUGUAAUACCUGUGGAGCAGAAUGGAAAAACAAGAAAGCCACUUGUUCCUGUCCACUAUUUCACGAGGACUAUAUUUUGAAUGAAGAUGGUUUUGAUGAGGAAGAUCAGUACGACUCCGAUGAUGAUUUUGGGAGAGAUUUUGAGAUGGCUCCUGGCCAUCGGCAGUUUUGGAUGAGAUGAUGACUUUGAUGAUGAAGACUUCUAUGAUUCCAAUGUUUCCUAUGAGACACAUGAUAAGUACAACUGUCUCUCUAGGAAAAAAACAUUAGCGGAGGAAGCAAUAGUCGCCUCCAUAGAAAGUACUGUAAUUCUGCAUUUGAUGAAACUAAAUGAUAUGAUACUUAUGAUGC